GGCGGACGCGUUUCUGGUCGGGCCUGUUUACCUGCAACACUUUCGGCUACACAUGUGUAGGAAAACAUGGCGGGUGCAGAAAUGUGGGCCGUACUGGAGGAUUGUGUCAAAACGAUAAAUGUUAACACGGCACAACCAGAAAACUUUCUAAGCCUUCAAGAUGGUGCUGCAGCAGAAUUUACCUCCAUCACGAAGACCCUGUAUGACCUCCACAAAUCCCAGGAGCCUUCAGAUUGUAAAGGCAGCCCGCUGGCUCAGCUCAUUGUGGACAACUUUGACGAGGAGCAGAUUUGGCAGGAGCUAGAGCUCCAGAAUGAAGCUGUGCUGACAUAUUUCACUAAAUCUAUUGAAGGAGCAUUGUCAGAUGAGGCAUUAACUUUGCUGCCAGAGGAAGAGGUGGUAGAAGAUGAAAAAAGUGGUGAUGAAGGCGAAGAAGAAAUGAAUAAUGAUGAAAAUGUAAUUAAAAUUCCUCCUAGAAUGCAAAAGAAAAAGGCUGUGGAAGCUGAAGAAGGGUCAGAGCAGGGCUCAGAAGAUGACUCGGAUAUAGAUUUUGAUGUGGAUGCUCUGGAGAAACGAGAGAAGAAGAAAGCGAGUGCACGGGCAGGCUCCAAAACAAAACUGGUUCCCUCAGAAGUUGACGAUAAGUUCUUCAAACUGUCAGAAAUGGAGUCAUUUCUUGAUGAAAUGGACAAGCGAGAAGGAAGAGAGGAGGAUGGCGACAACAAUGUUGACUACUUCCAAGACCUGCACUCGGAUGAGGAUGACGAUUUUGACCUCGGUGAAAUAUUGUCCUCAAAAAAGCCGAAGAAACACGCGCAGGUAAAAAGCUCCAGAGAUCUCAGGUACAAGGACUUUUUUGGUGCUGUGGGGGGCAAACCAGCUAAGACUGAUGACCAGUCAGAUGGAGAUGAUGAUGCGAGUGAGGAAGAGGAUGAAGAAGAGUUGGAAGAAGAAGAAGAUGGUAAUUAUCGUGAUGAAGAGGACAACGAUGAGGAUGAGCAAGAAAGUCGCUCCAAAGCAGCUCACAAGAAGGUGACCUUUGACCUUUCUGGAGAAGAGAGCAGUGAGGGGGAGGACAUGGAGGAGAUUUUUGGAGGAAAAGCUUCAAGUUCAGAAAAAUCCGAAUUAAAAUCAUCUUUUGAGAAACGGCAGGAAAAGAUGUCUCAGAAAAUCCAAGAUUUGGAAAAGGCGGCUCUGGCGGAGAAGCCGUGGCAGUUGUCGGGCGAGGUGACGGCACAGUCCCGUCCAGAGAACAGCAUGCUGGAGGAGGACGUGGAGUUCGAGCAGACAUCGAGACUGGCUCCCGCCAUCACUGAGGAAACCACACUACAGCUGGAAGACAUCAUCAAACAGAGAAUUAAAGACCAGGCAUUUGAUGAUGUGGUUCGCAAAGAAAAACCCAAAGAGGAGGUGUUUGAGUACAAGAAGAGGUUAACUCUGGACCAGGAGAAGAGCAAACAGAGUCUCGCUGAAAUCUACGAGCAAGAAUACAUCAAGCAGACUCAGCAAAAGACUGAGGUGGAGGAGAACCCGACUCACGUAGAAAUCCAAAAACUUAUGGAUCAGCUUUUCGUCAAGCUGGACGCUCUCUCAAACUUCCACUUCACACCAAAACCGCCUGUUCCUGAGGUCAAGGUGGUCUCUAACUUACCGUCUGUUACGAUGGAGGAAGUGGCUCCAGUCAGCACGAGUGACGCUACGCUGCUCGCCCCAGAAGAAGUCAAGGAGAAGAAUAAAGCAGGAGAUUUAUUGGGCGACACCGAGAAGACGUCCACUGACAAGAAACGCGACAGACGUCAGAAGAAGAAAGUGAAGCGUCUGAAGAUCAAGGAGAAGGAAAAGAGACAGAAGCUUAAAGAAGCCAGCAAAGCCGGGGAGAACAGAAAGCUCUCGAAGGCUGAGGUCACGGAAAACCUAAAGAAACUCACAAAAGGAGGCAAAGCCGUGAUACUCAAGGAUGAGGGAAAAGACAAGGCUCUGAAGUCCUCUCAAGCCUUCUUCUCUCAGCUGCAGGACCAAGUCAAGAGCCAGAUCAAGGGUGCAAAAGACACGGCGUCCAAGAAGAAACAAAAGGACGUUUCUGCCAGCAAACUCAAGUUGUAACGACUGACUGUUUCAUUGUACAGAUGCUUUUUUACUGUAAUCUGAAGAUCAGAGUAAAAUGUUUCUACUUUUAUUAUAAUUAAAUCAAGUCCACAUA